AUGGCAAUUUGCAAUAAAGGUAGUGGGGAUGGGCUCAACAUAAUGCGAAAGUUGUUUCAAGAAGUUGCAGAAAAGCACAAGGGAGUUGUGACUACAUCAUCAUUGGAUACUUUGAGUGAGCAUCUAUUGCAUGCAAAGAGAGUGACACAGGCUCGUAAGAUCUUCAACUGGUAUGAAGAAUUUAACUGCAAGCGUGGACCUAAAUCCUAUCUUGUCACUUUCAGUGGGCUUUGCAUGGCUUCUAUGUUUGACGAGGCAUUCACUGUUUUGGAAGAGGUGGAAAAGGCUUAUAUUUUUCCAGGAAAUGUAGGCUCUGCUGCUUCUAAAAUUGUCAAAGAGUUUUUGAACCCAGAUACUGCUGCUGAAAUUUUACAGACUAUUCCAAGUGGGGAACGUAGACACAGUUUGAAAGCUUAUUCUACAAUAGUUCGAACAUUCUGCAACAACGAGCAGAUAGAAGAAGCUCAAGCAUUAUUAUCAAAAUUGGUUGCAGAUGGUCCCCAUCCUGAUCAUGCGACAUAUAACUCCAUUGUCACUGCUCUCUGUAAAGCCGAGAGACUGGAGGAAGCCAUGUCAUUGCUUGAACGUAUGCCUACCAGACAACUAAAAUCUGAUAUAUAUGCCUUCAAUGUAAUCAUGGCCAGCUUUUCCAGGGCAGGAAAAAUGGAAGAAGCUUGUGAUGUGUAUUCAAAAGCCAAGCAGUCCUAUAUAAAUAAAAUCCCUUUUAUAACAUGCAAGAUAUUGAUAGAUGGAUUUUGCAAAUUGGGUGACACUAAAAAGGCUUAUCAGUAUUUCUCUGAGAUUAAGAACAGUGGUCAUUCUCCUAACAGGGACUUAUAUACCAAAUUGAUUAGAGCACAUGUUAUACAGGCCUUGGAUUGGCAUAUGGCGGAGAUGCUAUUACAGGAAAUGGAAAACAGGGGCUUUCAACCUUCACUACAUGUUCGAAGCCAUGUUGCUAAAAAAGAAUUGAAAGAGGAAGCUUUGCGAGCCUAUGCUGAACAGAUUAAAGGGUAUGUGUCUGUAGGACUCUGCAUCAGUCCUGUUCUUGCUGCCCCUACGUCUGCUAUUGUGUUUGCAACAUGUGGAUUGGAUGUAUUUGAUGCCCUUCUUGGUCAUGGUGUUGGUAAUUUUGUCAUGGGUGCAGGUGCUGUAGCGGUUCCUUUUGGUGAUGUUGCCUCUUCAGCUGAUGGUAAUCUUGUGGGCGUUAAGGUUCCUCCUAGACUUGCUUCCUUUGCUGUAUGGGUUGUGCCUCUUACUAUUGUUGAAGCUUCUGUUGACCCUCUUGUUACUAGUGAUGUGGCCUCUUCUAUCCUGAAGGCCCCUACACCUGUUGCUCCUGUUCAACAACAACAUUCUGCUCAUGUAGUUUCUACUUUAGAUGUUGUUCUAUAG